AUGACGCCGAGCUUUGCCGGCGAAAAGCAUUGGUGCGUCUGGCCCACGCUUUGGCGCGGCUGGCAAGGCCAAAAUGUGGGUGGCGAAAAGCUUUGGCGCGGGCGCGCCGCGCGCGGCUGGUCUGCGUCGCGUGUCGCGUCUACUAGUCUCUUCCACUUCUCUCUCUCCACAUCCAUCUCGCGCUCCAAAUUUCCCCGAACUCCAUCCCGCUCUGUCGCCUUUUCCACACGCGCCGAGGAGACGAAACAAGAAUCAGCCGCCGCCGCGCCCGAGGUGGUCGUGACGGAGGCGAAGAAGAAGGCGGACGAGCCCGCACCGGCGGAGGAGAAGAAGGCGGACGAGCCCGAGCCGGCGGAGGAGAAGACCGUGGAGGUGGAGGAGAAGGCUGUGGAGGCGGAGAAGAAGGCCGAUGACGAUUCAGAGGAGGAGGAGAAGGCGGACGAGGCCGAGGAGCCAGUCGCGGCGGACGAGGUGGCCGUGACCGACGGGACCGGGUCGUUCAAGGAGGAGAGUAACCUGGUGUCCGAGCUCCCUGACCCGGAGCGCAUGGAGCUCGCGCAGUACAAAGAGCUCAUCGCCACCGCGCUCGCCAACGGGAAGUUCGACUUGCCCCCACCUCCAACCCCACCGGCUCAGCCCGCCGCGGCGCCUUCGACGGAGGAGACAAAGCCGGAGGAGCCAGCUAAGGAGGAGGCGAAGGACGAGGCAUCGGGCCUGGCGCCACGCUGUGCUGCUCCUCUCCGGCGCGAUCGUUAG